GGUUGCGCAUGCGUUGGGUGACUUUCUCCUUCAAUCUGCCCUCCCUGAGACUCACAGCCGAGACCGGGGCCGGACACCGAGCGACAGAAACGCGCAGCCAAACACCGACACAAUGGCAGUUCCACCAUCGUACUGCGACUUGGGCAAGUCAGCCAAGGAUAUCUUCAGCAAGGGCUAUGGCUUUGGGGUCGUGAAGUUGGACUUGAAGACCAAGUCUCAGAGCGGAGUGGAGUUCUCCACCUCCGGCUCUUCAAACACAGACUCCGGGAAGGCAACGGGGAGUCUGGAGACCAAGUACAAGAUGAAGGAGCUGGGCCUGACCUUCAACCAGAAGUGGAACACGGACAACACCCUGAGCACCGGGGUCACCCUGGAGGACCAGUUGGCGAAUGGACUCAAGCUUACCUUUGACACUACAUUCGUACCAAACACAGGUAAGAAGAGUGGUAAGCUGAAGACUGGGUACAAGCGUGACUACAUCAACCUGGGCUGCGACGUGGACUUCGACUUCGCCGGCCCUGUGAUCCACGGGGCCGCUGUCGUCGGCUAUGAGGGCUGGCUCGCUGGCUACCAGGUGGCCUUCGACACGGCCAAGUCCAAGCUGGCCCAGAACAACUUCGCCCUGGGCUACAAGGCAGGGGACUUCCAGCUGCACACCAGCGUCCGCCGAGCUGAUACGGUAGAGGCACUCAGGAGUCCCCCUCCCCCCUCCCCCCUCCCCCCUCCGGGGUCUCGCUCGCUGUACGAGGAAGCGCUCCUCGGUAAUCUUCUCGUUUUGAAUGUCUUUUUGUAUCUCCGUUCCCUGCAGGCCAAAGUGAACAAUGCCAGCCUGAUCGGAGUAGGAUACACCCAGACCCUCCGGCCAGGAGUGAAGCUGACUCUGUCUGGUCUAGUGGACGGAAAGAACUUCAACGCCGGAGGUCACAAGAUCGGUCUCGGGUUUGAACUCGAAGCAUAAAGAGGGGCGUGGGCCAGUCUACUCCUGCUGAAAGCGCUGGGACUGACCCGACUCCCCCUCCCCUCCCCCACUGAUCUUCAAUCUGCAGCAUCCUGGCACACCCCCUCGCACACUCACAGGCUCCUGGGUUUCAUUCUCAACCUUUUUUUUUUCUCCAGCAAAAUCCUACAAGUGGAAACGUUUCCUUUUUUUUUUUUUAAUAUUUCUUUCUUUUUAAACUCCUUGGUGUUCAGCCGUUGUGGAGGGAAGCCUGGGUUUGUGAUGUGCCACAAUUGCAGCCCUAUUGCUAUUAAAUUAUUACCAUUUUCUAGAGAACAGUAUAUAGCGUUGCAUUCUAAUUGUGAAGCACUCGCUCCAAAUUAUUAUUAUUUACUGACAUUUCUGUACCUGCAUGUUGGAACACCUUCGUCUGUCAUCUUUUAUUUUAUUUUAUUUUUUUUUAUUUUUUUUGUACAAUUCUUAAACACCUGUUGUGCUGGGAGCUCCGAACUUGAAUUCAAAUAAAGAAAUGAAUACAAAA